UCUGGUGUUAAAAAUUAUUUUUAAUGACGUGAUUUAUUCUUGUCAACAGUGGUACAGUGGGCAUAUAAAUUAUUUAAUUGUAGCAGUAUAUAUAAAUUAUGGAUUUCCUAAAAUUAGUUUUCAUAAAAAUUUCUUUAUUGAAGUUUGCAUAAAAAAAUAAUGAAAGUUCAUUUGCAUUCUGACAUAGCCUUAAAAUCUUAAUAGGAGAUUAUUCGUUAAUUGAUAUUAAAAAGAAAAUCUAAACCUAAUAUGGCCCUAACAAAUAUUUUAUUAUUGAGUCAAAUAGCUGGAUAUGUAGUUGCUCUUAUUCUAUCUUUAUGUAUUAUUGUGCCUAUGAGUUUACAUCAAGAUGAAUUUCGAGGUCAUUGUUUAUUAUUUUCUGCAGGUAUCUGGCGAGAAAGUGAUGGUCAAUUCGUUGCUGAUUGGGCUUCUCAAAUGUAUUGUAAUUAUACAAUAUUUGUUGGAUUAAUAUUAUUUUUAACAUCAGCAGUACAAAUCUAUUGUUUAUCCAUGCUGAUGUAUAAGGGAGAAGAUAGUUCAUUCUUAUCAGCUUUUAUAGAUGUUAUUACAUCUAUUGUUUUAACAAGCAUUUCUUUGAUUGCUGCAGUAAUAGUUACUUUAGGUUUUAUGACAUGGUGCAAGAACAUGACUAAACGAUUUCCAUCUUGUGAACUUGCUGCAGGUAAUAACAUCGAUAAAGAAGAUCAUAUAGAUACAUCUGGUUUCCAUAUAGAAUUAGGUGUAGCCCAAUUUGGAAUUUGGAGUAGUCUUUCAAUAUGGGUCGGUCUUUCUGUAUUUGCAACAUUAAAAUUACUUCGAUAUCAUCAGCUAGAAAAUAUGAAAGUUUCUAUGUACAGAGAAAGGCAGAGACUGAUUGAAGCAGCAAGUAGUUGCAAUAACCAACAAGCAGAAAUUGGAUGAAAUAAAAUAAUCCUGUCAAUAUUAAU